UUUGUCUUUCAACAGAUCUGAUCUGAUCUGACCUUCUUUCAUCUUUAACUUUGAUCACUUUCUCUCCUUCGGGAAACUUUUGAACCUCGUCUCACACUCCAGCUGGUGGUUUUGGGGUGUUGUUGGAGGCUGUCUGCCGGCCGGGGACUGAGCCUUCGGGAAUGCACUUUGCAGGAAACGCAGCUCGCUGCUCGGACACCUCCUGCUUUCUUUUUUUCUUAACGAGGAGUUACAAAUGAAUGAAGGACAUGCGAUCGUGAAGGAGAGAAAGUUUUCUUCUGUCUCCCCUCCUCAGUCCGCCGGGCCGCAGCCGGGCUGAGGGCAUAGGAGCCCGGAUUGAGCGCUCCCUGGACGGCAUGGAGACCGGUGGUGCCGGCGGCCGGGCGGGGCUCCAGCAGCAGCAGCAGGCGGCGGGCGGAGGAGGAGGAGGUAGCGGCGGCUGGGUGCUAGUGGAGGCCCGGCUGCAGGGAGGAGCACCGUGGGGUUUCACCCUGCAGGGCGGCCUGGAGCAUGGAGAGUCGCUCAUCAUCUCCAAGGUGGAGGAGGGCGGUAAGGCGGACCGCUUGGAGCGUCCUCUGCUGGUGGGGGAUGAGAUCAUCAUCAUUAAUGACAUUGAGCUGACUGGAUACAGACAGGAAGCCAUUGCUCUUGUCAAAGGAUCGUACAAGACUCUGCAGCUCACCGUCCGCAGGGAGUUUGACCUAGGAUACAUUGAGGAGUUUGGCACCUCACCUCCCUCCCUCCCUGAUCUUCCUCCUCCGUCUCCUCCCCCUCCUUCUUCUCCAUCGCCCCCACUACCACACCAUCAACAACGACAACACACUGACGACACACCGACGUCUUCCCGCCGCAGCAGACCAUGUUCAGCAGGAGGAGUCCAACUACGCAUCAAGAACAGACGCAGUGAGACGGCAUCUCGUCCUCACUCGUGGCACUCAACGAAGCUCGGGGAGUGUCAGCAGCAGCCAGACCAAGGAAGGAUGGACACAGUGAGCAGUGCCUGGCACCACAACUACCAUGCCAGCGCCUCGACCACUGACCUCUCGGGCGGGUUCGAAUCUGGCGGCAGCUACCUGAGGAAGAGUCCGGACCAGUACAGCUCAAGGGGCAGUAUGGAGAGCCUGGAUCCUCCUCAGUCCUCCCAGCAUCACCACGGAGUCCAGCAUCACCACUCACUGGGGCACCACGCCCAUAGCGGUCCACAUCCUGCCUACUCCUCCUGCCACCAGCUGUCCUCUGCCAGAUCCUCCAACAGUAUCGACCACCUCCACAGCAAACGAGACUCUGCCUACUCCUCCUUCUCCACCAGCUCCAGUAUCCCAGAGUACCUUGCCUCCGCUCCCUCCUCCAGCCCCGAGCGCUGCUAUUCGCUGGAGACCGUCCCUCAGAGAGUAGGAGGAAGUGGGGAGAUGCAGCAGGCCGACAUACGUUACAUCCGGACGAUUUACGACACUCAGCAGGGACUUUCUCAAGAGCACGAGUUGAGCUCCACUUCCGCUGCGUUGCUACGCAACAAUGACUCCAGAAGUGCAAGGGGAGGGCAAAGCCGAGAUGCGCAAGGUUCAGGGGGUGGAGUCUGUUACCGUGGCAGCAGCAGCAGUAGCAGUAGCAGCAGCGGCGGUGGCGUACCAGCUUCAAACAGACACAGUGUGGGUCCAAUAUGGGGCCCGGCAACCAGCCGCAGCUCUUAUGAGAGCCUGAAGGGUGCCCCGGCUCCACCGAGGCGCAGCGACAGCUAUGCAGCCAUCAGGAACCACGAGAGACCAAACUCCUGGUCUAGUCUGGAGCAUGCCCGGUCACUACGGUCUUUGCAGAAAGGUUCCUGGCAUCACUCCAGUGGCCCUUUGGCCUCAGGCUCAGCAAAAGGCUCAUACAGCAACGAGGGGCAGCUUCACACAGUGAUAGAGAAGAGUCCGGAGAGCAGCCCCACAAUAAAGCCCCGACAGGGCGGAGGAUUUCCCCAGCCUCCUUCGCCACCCGGUUCCUCCUCCGGCCUAGCAGGCCCCACUCCCCAGUCCGGUCGCCUCAUUCUGCCCACAGGUGUGUACCCUGUCCCCCAACCUGAGCCCCACUAUGCACAGAUGCCCAGCUCCAGCCCCGUGCCAUCUUCCUCUGGAGUCUACCCUGCUCUGGCCAAGGAGAGCAGCCGACAACAAACCACAGAAAAUGGAUACCAAAAUAACACUUCUUCUUCAUCAUACCACCACUCAUCGUCUUCAACACCAGCCUCUGCACAGCUCAGGACUCAAGCACCUGAGACAGACAGAACCCACCUGAAACCUGCUGUAGGAUCAGAGGGCCAGGCAGGCGCCCAAAGGCCUCAAAGCCACCAAGGGCCUUACAGUCAGAGGCCCCAUGUCCAUUCUAAUCAGGGACCCCACAGCCAAAUGUCCCAUGAACAGAACCAAGAUUUACACAGUCACCAAAUCCAGUCGACCUCUGGCCACAGGCGUACAUCCUCACAAGAGUGGAGGGACCCCUACACACUAGACCAGUCCAGGAGAGACAAAAACAGAUCAAUGGAUCAGCCCAUCAUUCAUAGAGAGUCAGGGGCAUCUUCCAGGGUCGCCCAGGGACAGGUCCCAUCUACCCAUUUACCUGUUCACCCCCAGGCUCAGGUUCAGAUGACCCCUGCCUCCCAGCCCCGUCACCACAGCGACUCAGCAGUUCUGCAGCACCACCAAUGGGAGCACAGAGAACAGGACAGAGACAGAGAACACCCACUGACCCGUCUGGAGAACGCCCUCGCCGAGGUCCAACGAUGUGCCAGCCCUGAAAGUGUCGCCUCUGCUAGUAGCCAUGGUAACAGUAAUGUCAGCGAAGGCAACCAGGGACCUGCCCGCUGCCUCUCGGUACUGGAGAAGGUCAGUCGGUUUGAGCGUCGUGAACGUGGAAAGCCGCACAGUCACAACACCAGCCAUGGACACAACAAGACCGCUCAUCAUCGGAUGACUGAGAAAGGCCGCAAUGCCCCCUGUGGAGCAGAGGACCUCAGAAACAUGCUGGAGAGAAGUACCAACGGGCCCAAAGCCCACAGAACUCUGAGCUACAGAGGAGGCAGCAACGACUACAUGAAAUACAGGACCCCAGCGGAUCCCAGCUCAGCCCUCCAGAGGAGCCGCAGCACUUACCAGCUGGAUGAAUCCAGGGAAGGAGACAGGAGCAAGGACUUCCCCUGGAGACAGGAUAUCCAGGAGAUGCUGGGCUCCAUGCAGGACACCUCCUUAAACAGAUCUUACAGGGACUCCUUGAAAGACGCUCAAUCUAAGGUCCUGCGGUCCACUUCCUUCAGACGAAAAGAUCUCAACUCCUCAACCAGCCCUCCUCCUUCUGCAGCUCCUCCUCCUGUCUCCUCUUCCGGCAGCCAUCAACCUCCGCCCGUCCCCGCCAAGUACCACUCCUUGGAGAAGAAAGGUCCAAAAACAAAGCCGAAACCACAGGGCGUUGUUAUCCCACCACCGUCUCCAACACUAGCCACUUCCCCUCAUACCCCAAAAGAGCGGCAUGUAGUUGGCCCGGAGAUUCGAGGUUCGAGCCCCCCGGACCUUCCCAGCAUCCCACCAGUUGGACCUCCUGCUGUAUUGCGGAUUUGUGGCCGCAAGCGCCUUACUGCGGACCAGAAGAAACGGUCAUACUCAGAGCCAGAGAACAUGAAUGAGGUCGGAGUUUCGGAUGCUGAGACUACUGCCCUCUUCAGGCGUGGUGGAGAGACCAGUGUGGCAGACCGCCGGAAGAUGUUUGAACUCGUGGCAAACCGUUUCGCGACUUCGCAGAACGCCGCAUCAAAACCCGAUUUACGACAGCUUCAACACGACGCUCUGGCGGAAUACGUGGAGAGGAAGAGAGGUGUGAAGAGAGACGAGGGAGGACAGAGGAGUGGUCCGAGGCCUCGCAGUGCUUAUAUACAGCCUGAAAACAACUACUAUGCAGGCUCCUACUCUCACUCAGACUCCCUCAGCCUCUCCUCCACAUCCACCUCCAGUCUUAACCCGCUCCAGGACUGUGGCCCAGAUCGGAGCUUCUCCCCUGAGGAGAGGCGUCAGUGCUCCACCCUUCCUCCUGGAGGUGACCUACGGAGCCUCCAGUCCAACCUAUUCUACCCAGGCAGGGUGACUUCUCCGAGACCUCCAGCGAACCCACAGCCCGGUGCUCAUCCUGGCUCACCAUCUGAGCUCCAGGCUCACCUCUCCAGCACCCAGCACCUCCAGGAUAUCACCCCUGAAGAAGAGCUCGGCAGACAGGGUCGGUCUUUGAGCAGAGAGUCAGGCGUGGGCCACGAGCAGGCAACAGGAGUAUCCAAGCAGCACAGCAACGGGGCUCUGCAGAGGGUCGGGUCAGUUCGGGGCUCGGGGAAGUCGGCUUCUGCUGAGGAUCUUUUGGAGAGAUCAGAGGAGAAACCUCCAACUCUUUAUCACUACCGCUCCCGCUCCUCCCCCUCAGUGGAGAGGCUGAUCCAGGACUUCCCCUCAGGUGACGUCAGGAUGUUUGGUGUCUUCAUCUCUGAACCUGGACGCCACUCUGUAGCUGGGGACAGACCUACAGACAUCCAGGUAUCAGGGGGCCUUGUCUCGCCUCAAUCAUUGAUGAACAGUCCGAACACCGCCCAAACUGAAGGACCUUCUCAAAACCCAGCUUCCUCCCACACUCCUGUCACUCGUAGAGAGCGUCAGAGGAACAGUGAGCGGCAGCGAGCCAACAGCACCUCCACUCUGGCAGCGUCUGUUGGCCUGCCCUGCCCUUUCUCCCCACCUGGGACCCCAGGCGGAAGUGGAACUGAGUGGCAUGCUAGCGAGAGGCUAAGCCAGGCCAACCUAGACGCCAUCACCUUCCCAGGCCUCCCACAAACCAGCAACGAUGGUGAUAGUGAUAGAAACAGUGAAACCAUGGUGACGGGCAAAGAGACAAGACAAUGUCUGAGUGACUCCAGCAUAUUAGAAGAUACUACAAAGGACAUGCAUAGAAGGAGAGCCCUCAGUUUUGAGAAUGAAGAAUCGCACCCUUCAGAAAACAUCAAACAAGUUUCAUCAGUGACACCAACACCCAUGACCCAUUUCCAGCUUGCAACCGCACCAAACAGGAAGAACAAUGAGAGCAACGUGUCAUCUCCAUCCUCCAGUGUGUCCGUCCACUCGCGCCUGACCUCACUACGAAUCUCAGAGUCCAGCCUCUUCAGCUCCAUGGACCACCAGCAACCAGUUGAAACCUCCAGAGGACUAUUACAGGAGUAUGAUGAGGUCUUUCUCCAAAAUCCUCCCCCUCCAUCCCCUCCUCCGCCAAUCAAAGAGACAAACAUCACGGAGGACUUCCCUCCUCCUCCUUCUCCUAUUGAGUUGGACCAGAGUGCCCAAGAGCAGACCAUGGAAAGCCUCCAUUCUUCACUGAAGCCACAGCCUUUCACCAUCACAUCCAUCUCCACAUCCAGUUUUUCUGGCUCGGACACCCAGGAGUCCAGGGACACCCUGGGUCUUGGUUACCAGCCCCUGCCUAAGAGGGAAAAGACAUCUGAGGAGCUGCGAGUGGAGGCACUGGCACGGCAGCUGGUAUCGCAGGACAGCUCUCUGGCACCCCUUCUGGACACAUGGGGGGGUAAAUCUACCAUAGAGCUUGUGGAGGAGAUCUUUCCAAACAGUAGAUUGGGUGGUAAAUUGCCAUGGCAACGCAGGGGCAGCAGUCGAUUGGAAGACAGGAUCCAAGAUGGCAUCCAUGAUCCUGCUCAGAACACGUUGACGAAUCAAGGAACGGAGACCGAUCUGGACGAGGACGAGAAAGACCUUGACAGCAGGAAGGUUGAGCUGUGUGAUGCUCUGAGUCGCAGUUUGGCAGCUCUACGACAGGAGAAGGAGGCUCUCUGUGAGGAGCAGAGGAGACACCAAGCGCUGGGGGCGAACAUCGAGUCACUAGUGCAGGAACGCUGUAAGGCCAACGAGAGGGACAAGUACAGCAUGUUCAUCGGAGAUUUGGAGAAGAUCGUGAACCUGCUGCUGUCUCUGUGCACCCGGCUGUCGAGGAUCGACAGGUCUCUGCUCGCUCUGGAGAGAGAAGAGCUGUCACAAGAGGACAUAGCAGAGGAGAGGGACUCCCUCCAUCACAAACGCUCUCAGCUCCUCCGUCAGACUGAAGACGCCCGGGAGCUGAAGGAGAACUUGGACCGGCGGCAGCGUGUGGUCCACAACAUCCUCUUCGGCUACCUCACAGAACCACAGCUCCAGGACUUCCGCCGCUUCAUCAGCACCAAACCCUCCCUGAUGAUUCACCAACGGAACCUCGAUGACCUCAUACGGCAGGGGGAGGAGCAGCUGACGCAGUUGUCUGAGAGCCUGCCGCCAGAGGUGGUGGCGGCGGCCCACGAUUGGUCUACGCUCUCCUCAUCGAGUCCUGCCACCUGCUCUUCUCCGUUUCCACCGCUGCUUCCCCCCUCUCUGAUUCCAGCCCCCGCGCACUCAGUCAGGUCCACCACUGUGACAUCAUUGUGAUGUCACGGACAGGCCGCUGCUACAGGUGGCAGUACAGGAUGAGAAAUGAAGAAGAGCCGAUAGGCUCCCUAAAAACUCACUCGGAUUUGGAGUGAUGCUCAAAACUGAAGGAGCUUAACAUGAAGGAUGAAUGGGCCUGAAGCAGGCAGCGUUCACACUGAAAAUACUAUGCAGACUUCACACAUGAAGAAGAAAAAAGCCUUUAUUGUGCCUCAUUCUAUUCACACCUGACUGUACGUCUCACCUGAGGGAUAAUCACAGCCUCAGCUCACCUCAACAUUAACAAACAGCACUGUGUGGACUCAAAGUGACUGCUGCCAAUGUUUCUAAUCAUCCUCUGCUCUGAAAAGUGAUUAUAAAUGUCCUCCAGGGGUUUUCAGGUUGGACGUUCCCAAGAAAGUUCGCUGUCAAAUAGUUAAAAAGGACAAUUCCAGGAUUACACAUCAUUUCCUGCAUUUUUACAAUGUUUUCCAGCUCUUAUCAUGUUAAGAACUACUUGAUAUUUUCAGUUUCCUCUUAGUAAAGAUAAGAUCUGUAAAGUUUGAAAUGUAAGUCUCAACUUCAGUUUC